CUCAGCGGUGGUGAUAGGCAACGGGACAUGCAGUCGGGUCUCAGUCCGCUGCCGAAUUGGAAUAAGACUGCUAAACUCUGACGCCGUUUUCUCUCUAUCCAACACAUUGAGUUGGAAUUUUAUUGACAGACGGAUGAGCCGGGCUGUUUGUUCAUUGUGGGGAUUGUAAUCUGUUGCCAACAAAUCACCCAUAAUAUCAGUAUUCAAAUCGCGGCGCAAACGGAUCCGUGCUGAUAGCUUGAAGCGCAAAGCUACAGGCCGUCCUCAAGACGACACCAAAUCGAACAAACCGAGCUCGCAUUCGACCCUCCAACCGAGUUAAGGAAGCUCGAAGUGGACGUCCAGCCUGGGCAUUCCAUUUCCCAGCGCCGCAGGUGCCACUCGGUUGAAGCUUCACCACCGCGGGGAUACAAGCUACUUUAAACACAUCGCCCGCACACGCCCCCCGGUUGCCCAUCAUGUCCUACUUCUUCUCGACCCCAGUGGACAUUGACAUCGUCCUCGAGGAUGGCGACGACCGAUCGAUGGUCGAUAUCAAGCUGGACAAGAACCGGCGGGAGAAGGCGCCUCUUUACAUGGACGGCGAGUCUGUCAAGGGCGCCGUCACGGUUCGGCCCAAGGACGGCAAGCGGCUUGAGCACACCGGAAUCAAGGUGCAGUUCAUCGGCUCCAUAGAGAUGUUCUUUGAUCGCGGCAAUCACUACGAGUUCCUCUCGCUGGUGCAGGAGCUUGCCGCCCCGGGCGAGCUGCAACACCCCCAGACCUUCGACUUCAACUUCAAGAACGUCGAGAAGCAGUACGAGUCCUACAACGGCAUCAACGUCAAGCUGCGCUACUUUGUGCGCGUCACCGUGUCGCGUCGCAUGGCCGACGUCAUCCGUGAGAAGGACAUUUGGGUUUACAGCUAUCGCAUACCCCCGGAGAUCAACAGUAGUAUCAAGAUGGAUGUGGGUAUCGAGGAUUGUCUGCAUAUCGAGUUUGAGUACUCCAAGUCCAAGUAUCACCUGAAGGAUGUGAUCGUCGGUAGGAUCUAUUUCCUCCUCGUCAGGCUCAAGAUCAAACAUAUGGAGUUGUCUAUCAUCAGGCGCGAGACUACGGGUGCCGCGCCGAACCAGUACAACGAGAGCGAAACCCUGGUCAGGUUUGAGAUCAUGGACGGCUCGCCGUCAAGAGGUGAAACGAUCCCCAUCAGGUUAUUCCUGGGGGGAUUCGACCUUACGCCAACUUUCAGGGAUGUGAACAAGAAGUUCUCAACCAGAUACUAUCUCAGCCUGGUUCUCAUAGAUGAGGACGCCCGAAGAUACUUCAAACAAUCAGAAAUCAUCCUAUACCGACAAACGCCCCAGGAGCUCAACGGAAGCCAACAACUACCUGCACCGCCCGAGAGUAGGAUACAGGCGGUCCCUGCGUAGUUGAGCGGCUCUAUGCUUCCUCUUUGCCUUGGGCUCCAUCCCUAGGGCUUAUUGUGCCAUCAAGCUUUAUAUGACGACGGUGAAAUUGGGUGGUGGAGGCAUUGUCAACCUCAUACAUACCUUUUUGUUCCCGUAAAGUCGUUAGCGUACUUUUGAAGUUUUGAAUCAAGAGGGGGGGGGGGGGGGGGGGCUCUUGAAAGUUGGAAUAAACAGCCUUCUCUGAAUCUUGGUGUCGUGCGCGUUAACAAAGCGAGCAUGAUUAUGUGGUUCAUCAGCCACCCAAGCUCAUUGUACAGAAAACAUAUAGCGCAAGAGGGCACCUAACCAUAUGGCAAACGCAGGGCCACAGGACCCGGGUUCCCUUUAUAUCAGUCAUCCGUGGCAGCUGUGCUCGUGAAAGGCCCGACAAUAUUACUUCUAUUGAACAUUUUCCUAGUAGCAUGUUUUUCUUUCCAUAAUCGAGAGGUAUCAUCAAAAAUCCGGAAGCUAGCGCCUGGAAACAACACUACUGUCAUGCCGCCCCGCCAGAUUUAUGGUCUUUAGGCCGCCUCCCCCAUAAUCACAGCUCCAUCGCAUCGUCGUC